GUUGAUCUUAUAUACUUGUACAGCAAAUUCAAAUUAACUUAAAGCAAAUCUCAUCUCAGUUUAGCGUGAAUGGACAAACUUUACCUAGCGCACAGCUACUUUAAAAGACACAAGUAUGAAGAAUGCGUUGAACAGUGCACACAAUUGCUGGAUAAGAACCCUUUAGACCAGGCAGCAUGGAUUUUAAAAAUGCGAGCCCUCACCGAACAAGUCUACGUGGACGACCUGGAGAACCUAGACGAGGGGAUCGCCGACGCAACUCUCGAUGACGAAUCAAUCGCCCAAAUCCCGCGGCCAGGCACGUCCCUCAGGGCGACAGCGAACACGACGAGGAGCGGUCCAACCCAAGGCAUGCGUCCUCCUUCGCACGAUGGCCGCAUCCUGACAGGCGUGGUGCGCCCUUACACGAGGGCUCCUAAGACAGGGUCGAUCGAGCAAGCACUAAAAACGCCACGGACGGCGCACUCGUCUCGUCCUCUGACCACCGCAGCUGGGAUGCGGUCGAGGAUCGGCACGUCGUCCAUCAUGACCGAGGCUGGUGGACCGUUCAUCCAGUUGUCCAAACUCAAUUUCGCCAAAUACGCGGCUCAACCGAGCGUGGGAAAGCCGCUCUUCGAGUACAUUUAUUAUUGCGAGAAUGACAUUCAAAGAGCGCUCGAAUUUGCUGUGCAAGGGACGCAAAAAUCGAAUUUCAAAGACUGGUGGUGGAAGCUACAGCUGGGUCGGUGCUACCUGAGAAUUGGACUUUUGAGAGACGCCGAACAGCAGCUUCGCUCGUCAUUGCGAGAUACUCCUAGCAUCAUUGCACUACUGAUGUUGGCUAGGGUUUACACAAGAAUGGACCAACCUUUGACUGCAAUUCAAGUUUGCCAGUCAGGGACGGAAUAUUUCCCAAAGGAAACUGCAUUGAGAGUAGAAAUUGCCAGACUUUACGAAGGCUUGGGUGAUUUGUGCAAGUCGGUCAAUUUCUACCGGGGCGUCUUGAAAGAAGAUGCGACAAACAUAGAGUCGAUAGCGUGCAUCGGCAUGCACCACUUUUAUUCAGACCAACCUGAAGUUGCGUUGCAGUUUUACAGACGCCUGCUGCAAACCGGCAUUAACACCGCAGAGCUGUUCAAUAACCUCGGACUGUGUUGCUAUUAUUCUCAACAGUAUGACAUGACAAUAACUUGUUUUGAAAGAGCACUAAACCUGGUGGACAAUAAAGAGGCUGAGGCUGAUAUUUGGUACAACGUUUCUCAUGUUGCGAUUGGCGUAGGAGAUUCGAAUUUGGCUUGCCAAAGUCUACGUCUUGCACUCAUGGCGGACCCAACGCAUGCACCCGCGUACAACAAUUUGGGGGUGAUGGAAGCACGACUAGGCCGCACAAACGUGGCUCAGUCUCUUUUUCAAGCCUCUGCUGGACUCGCGCACGUUUUGUUUGAGCCGCACUAUAACUACGCUAAAUUGGCCUUGGAGGCGGGACAACUGCACUCAGCAUAUGUCAUGGUGAAAAAAGCUUUAGUGGCAUACCCAGAUCAUGUUCCAUCGAAGAGUUUAUUGGAGGCCUUGAAAUAUCAUUUCCAACACUAAAACGCAACGCAAUUUGUGAUGAAACUGUGUGCAACUUGGUUUUUACAUGGGAAUUAUUAAAAUUUUGGUGAAAAUUUACUUGGUUUCAAA